AGGGAAGCCUUUAGUUUAGUUCGACUUAGUUGGGUCAUGUAUUGUAGGAGAGUACCUCUCCUUACGACGUCGUACUCGUUCUGUCAUUAACAAAUUAGUACUCGGGUAAUUUCUAGAGCGGCGGCGGCUAAGGAGAGAAACUUGCAUCGGUGAAGAUGGCGGCAUGGACAGCCAAAUUUCUGCUUCCGAUUAGACAUUCGUUUUCUCAAUCCAAGAAGUUAUUUCAUGGAAAAAUUGGACCUUUGAAAACAUGGGUUCAUAGUUUUGAACCUAAACUGCAAAACAGGGCCUCAAAGUUUGAGCAUAAGAUAAAUAUACAGAGAGAAUAUGUUCAAGGUUGCUGCUUAUCAGGAAGUAGAAAUUUGAGAAGCAUUUUUGGUGUAUCAGCCCUGCUUGGAGCUGUCUACAGUUUGCCUCGUUUUUCAUAUGCCAUGGAUGGUCUUGACAUUUUUGCGAAUGACAAUCAUUUAGAGUCAUUUGAUGCUUCAGAAGGCGAAGAUGAUCGACAUAAACUCUGGUUGUUGAUGAGGAAACUAUGGCUGCCCCUUUUUUUCAUAUUUACUGUUUUGAUGAACUGGGAUAGUCCCUUUGCAGUUUCAACUAGAAUCCUUCUUUUUCCUCCUCAGCACCAAACCAAGCCCUUCAUCGAUCUAUCUUUUUGUUGAAAAGUUACGCUACGAACAUAUGCGUCAAAAACCUUUUUUCUACAGAUUUAAGUCACUGCAUGCCAGCAAAGUCGAAGUCCAGGAUUACAAGCUUCUCUGCCUUGCUACCGUCGAAAUCGGGAACCAGAAGUUACGGAUGAUCGGAAUUCUUGGCGGUUGGUGGUCAUUGCCGUCAUCACUGUGUCUAUAUUUCCUUGCUCGAGAGCAGUCCUCUAGUACAUCACUGUGAUAACAAGGUAAAUUUAUCUUCAAAUGCAAGUAGCUAGUGUUAGGGGUGCAAUAGAGGAAGCCAGGCUCAAAGUGUAAGAAACUUGAUCUCAUCUCAAAAUUUGAAGGCUUGA